UUGCCUUGGGGUAAUUGCUUCUGAUUUGACCUAACACAUUCGUGUAUUGCCUUAGGAAAUGCCAGGCAACAUCAUUUUUUUGUUUUCACUAAUAAAAGAAGGAAAAAGAAAAUUUCAUAUGCUCAGUCAUACUCGAUGGUCAAGUUCAUAUAUUUAGAUUACUGUCUACAAAUACAUUUACCGAAUGGUUUGAUGUUGGUUCACUGUAUUUUGGAAUCACUGCAGUCUGUUCCUGCAAUCCUGUCCCUGUGUGCACCGACACACCGAGAAAGUUGCCUGCAUGACACACUGAGAAAGUUGUCAGGAUCUAGUGUUGGUGUUUACCCCUUGCAGGAGUGGGUUUACAAUGCCCUUGGCGUUAGUUAUGUUCUUGACGGGAAGCUUGACAAGGGAAUCAAACAGUUUGAAGCUGCCGUGAAGCUUCAACCAGGUUAUGUCACAGCCUGGAACAACCUCGGUGAUGCCUCUGAAAAGAAGAAAGACCUGAAGUCAGCUCUCAAGGCAUUCAAAGAAGUUUUGCUUUUUGAUCCUAACAAUAAGGUGGCAAGACCCAGAAGAGAUGCCUUGAAGGAUAAGGUACAAAUGUACAGAGGAGUUCCCAUCAAGUCUAAGGAUGGAUGAAUCUACUAGCUACUGUCAUAAGAUUAUCAAUUUUUUCUUUCUUUAUAAAUUGUCAUCUUAAGCAAUGCUGAACUUUUCUUCCUCUAAUAAAAUUUUGAACCUUUUCCAAAAAUUACAUGUCCAGAAUCGAACAUCCUUUGCUUUUAUAUCUGGAGGACUGAAUGUAUAACUUUCAGAAAUUGUUAUUUUUCUCAAAUGAA